AUGUCAAAGAAGCUUCAAAAAUCUCUUCAGGAUUACCUUUCCAAGAUCAAGAAACCCUCUCCAAAUACUCACUUCCUUUUAAAUUCAUUCUCUUCCAACAAAUGGAUUCCAAAAGGCUGCAAAAACCCCCAAACCCUUUCAUUUUCUGUUCAUCAAGAUGGCGAAGCUGCCACACUUUCUGAUGUUGAUCGUUUUCUCUUUGAGAAUUUCAAGUCUUUGUAUAUCAAUGAUGAUGAUGAUGAUGAUGAGAUUAAAGAUGAUGAUGGUGAUGGUGAAGUGAAAAGCCCUGGUGGGAUUUGUUUUGAAUCACCAAGGUUUAUUGAUCCGCCCCCGUACCUCUCAGGGUCCAACAGGUUCUUCGUUGCUACUGGGUUUUCGAGUUCGCUCAUCGAGGAGGCCCGUAACAGCGGUGUAACUGGCAACACCUUCAUGUCAAUGUCGGAGGAUGCCGCUUCCUCCUCCACCUCCAUCUCUAACACUAGUAGUACUACCGCAAAUGAAUCCAACGUCUAUGGUGGCGGCAGCGUUAACGUCAAGUCUCAAAGUAUCUAUAAUGAAUGCAUAGCGGUGUUAAGGUGUUCGCCGAACCCGUACGACGAUUUCCGACGUUCCAUGCAAGAAAUGGUGGAAGCAAGGUUGAAACAUGGUUCGAAAAUCGAUUGGGAUUUCAUGGAAGAGCUGUUGUUUUGUUACCUAAAUUUGAACGACAAGAUGUCUUACAAGUUCGUCUUAAGUGCAUUCGUGGAUCUGGUUGUCGAUUUGCGUCAAAAUGACGGCAAGAUGUCUCGGAAUUCUAAUGUUAAAUAUAAGAGAUCGAGGAGAACGAGGCACGGUAAUGUAGCCUAAGGAUUGGGCUUUUUAUUAUUAUUUAAAAAAGAGUUGGUUUUGGGGGUUGUAAAGACGUGAAACUGUUUAAUGUUAAUGUUAUUUUGGAUUUGAGUUUUUUAUUUAAU